CCCUCCCUCCUCGCAGCAGAAAGGGCCGGCGUGUGCCGCGGGUGCGGGUGGGCGCCCACGUGACAGCCCCUCCCAGCCGGCAUCCCCGGGGAUCGGCACUUUGUUCGGGAUGCUGCCGCCGCCGCCGCCGCCCGCCGUCCCCAUUGUGGAGUGAGCGAGGUCCUGCCCGGCGGCGGCAACAGCAGCAGCAGCAGCCCCCGCUGGAGCGGAGUCGACGCGGAGCGAGGACGGAGCCUGCGCUCCUGGGAGAGGCUGGGUGGCAGCGUGCCCGGCGGGGCGCCCUGCCCUGGCUGGCCGUCCGUCCGGGCUGGCUGUUGGACCCACCGCGGAGGAGGAGCCGCGGGGCGGGCGCUUCAGGACGGAGCGUGGAUCUUCUUCGCUUCCCGAGUCCCGGCAGCGCGAAGCACGGAAGGAGAAGAGGCGCUGCUGUCGCUGCUCAGGAUGGGGGACGCGCGGCGGGCCGCCUAGCACGACUGAACCCCCUCCAACCAAGCCUUUCUGAUGAUGAAUGGAACAGCCAAUGUGAACGCAGCCGGACGUAGCCAUUAUGCCUCCUCUAUCCCAGUGCCAAGAGCUGCAUCCCACAGCAAGAUACACACUCUGGCAGCAUCUCCCAAACUCCCCCCAAGGCAGAACAGUGUGGUGGGAGCUGUUCCUUCACAGAGGGCAUCAUCACCCAGAACAGCAAAGGGACUGGUUAGCUCAAGCGGUGGCGCUCCUAAAGGACCCAAGCAGAAGGCCAUCCCCAAGGCCCCAGCAGCCUCAAGCCCUGGACAGGAGAAAGCGGAGGACUCUGAGAGCCAUGGUGGGGCAGAUGGGAUAGAUUCCAGUCUCAGCCUGGGCAUGGUGUCUGGCUGCAGCAGUCCUCGAGGGGUGCAGAAGGCCAGCUCCAGAACUGCCGGGGCAGCUAAGAAAGCUGUAGUUAAAGCCACAGAAAAAGGAAAAGAUACCUCAAAACAUGGAGAGGACUAUAGUAGUCUUGGUGCCAAGAGGGGUCUUGGGAAACCUGGUACUAUUUCUGAGGCCCCUAAAACCUCCCAUCUCCCAGCAAAGAGCCCUUCCCAUCUCAGCCUGUAUAGUGAGACUUUGUUGUCCAGGUCUUCAGAUGUGGACACCAUGAAGACCACAAUGAAGAGGCCUCAGAGCUGUCCGGUGAAAGGCCAGUGGGUCUCGGAUGCCAACUGGAAAGGCAGUGGAACAUUGAAGCUGGAGGAUAAACCUCAGGUGAUCUCACUAGACACAAGCAACCUUAAUAAGGGCCCUAUGCUACACACUGGACCCAUCAGCUUUUCUUCUGUGCCCCAGCACAACCAUCCCAUCAUGGCUACUGUUGCUCCUUUCCAUUAUCGGCGACAAGGUGAGAAGGAGAGGAGCAGCCAUUCUAAGGAGGAGCAUCCAUGUGGUGAACAGACCAGCCCUGCGGAAGGGCCUGAGCUCAGCUUGAGAGGCAUGGAGGCUGGGCUUUUAAAUGGUUCCCUCGCGGCGAGCGGGAAGAAGAUGCUUGGCAGCAGCAGCGGCAGCCCCAGUGUCAAGAGCCUGCAGCAGGACGCGGUGCUGAACGGCGGCGAGGAAGGGCCGGAGGAGCUGAAGGGCUACAAGAAGGCGGCGUCUGGCUCGGUGGCGGCGGCGGCGCUGUCUGGCGAGGGUAACAAGGCCAUGAUGCAGAAGCGCGCCAACGCCAAGGGCCCCGCCGGUGUGGUGGCGCCCAAGGCGGCCGAGCUGAAGGUCUUCCGGGCGGGCAGCGUGGAGGGCCGCGUGCCGCCGGUGGCCUCCAACCUGCGCAAGCAGAAGUCGCUCACCAACCUGGCCUUCCUGACCGACAGCGAGAAGAAGAUGCAGCUCUACGAGCCCAAGUGGAGCGACGACAUGGCCAAGGCGGCCAAGGGCUUCGGCGGCCGCGGCCAGCUCAAGGGCGGCAAGGAGGCGCCCCAGCCGCUCAUGUCCAAGAACCUCUCCCGCUCCGAGCACUCGCUCUUCCAGGCCAAGCUGGCCCCGCCGGCCGCCGGCAACAAGCCGCUGGCGCCGCUGCCCUCCAACCUGGGCAAGCCCAGCCGCAUCCCGCGCGGGCCCUACGCCGAGGUCAAGCCCCUCAGCAAGGCGCCCGAAGCCGGCAACCCCAGCGACAACAACCCCAAGUCCGACGACGAGAUCCUCUCCAGCAAAGGCAAGCCGGCCCCGCAGAAGCAGCAGCAGCCGGCAAGCCAGCCGGCCGGGAAGGGGGCGCCGCCGGAGGAGAAGGCUUUCCUGAAGGUGGAUCCCGAGCUGGUGGUCACCGUGCUGGGCGACCUGGAGCAGCUGCUCUUCAGCCAGAUGCUGGAUCCUGAAUCCCAGAGAAAGAGAACUGUGCAGAAUGUGCUUGAUCUGCGGCAGAACCUGGAGGAGACCAUGUCCAGUUUGCGCGGCUCCCAAGUGACUCACAGCUCGCUGGAGAUGACGUGUUACGACAGUGACGAAGCCAACCCCCGCAGCGUGUCCAGUCUGUCAAACCGCUCCUCUCCCCUCUCCUGGCGCUAUGGCCAGUCUAGUCCACGUCUGCAGGCUGGGGAUGCUCCUUCAGUGGGCGGGGGCUGCCGCUCAGAAGGCACCCCCAGCUGGUACAUGCAUGGGGAGCGAGCUCAUUAUUCCCACACCAUGCCCAUGCGCAGCCCUAGCAAGCUCAGCCACAUUUCCCGCCUGGAGCUUGUCGAGUCACUGGAUGCUGACGACGUAGAUCUCAAAUCUGGGUACAUGAGUGACAGUGACUUAAUGGGCAAGACAAUGACCGAGGACGAUGACAUCACUACAGGCUGGGAUGAGAGCAGUUCCAUCAGCAGCGGCCUCAGCGAUGCCUCAGAUAACCUCAGCUCAGAAGAAUUUAAUGCCAGCUCUUCGCUCAAUUCCCUGCCUUCCACCCCGACGGCUUCCCGCAGGAACUCCGCCAUAGCGCUGCGGACAGACUCAGAGAAGCGCUCACUGGCGGAGAGUGGGUUAAACUGGUACGGAGAGCCAGAGGAAAAGGCUCAGAAGAAGAUGGAUUAUGACAGCGGGAGUCUGAAAAUGGAGCACAGUUCCUCCAAGUGGCGGCGGGAGCGCUCUGAAAGCUGCGAUGAGGCUCCUGCCAAAGGCGGGGAGCUGAAAAAGCCAAUCAGUUUGGGCCCUCCUGGAUCUUUGAAGAAGGGCAAGACACCACCUGUGGCUGUGACUUCCCCAAUUACACAUACAGCCCAGACUCUUAAAGUGGCAGGUAAGCCUGAAGCAAAAGCAACAGACAAGAAUAAGCUGUCUGUGAAAAAUGCCAGCCUGCAGCGCUCCUCUUCUGAUGCUGGCCGAGAUCGGCUUUCGGACGCCAAGAAGCCACCUUCUGGGCUCACCCGGACCACCACCUCUGGCUCUUUUGGCUACAAGAAGCCCCCUCCUGCAACUGGCACUGCCACCGUGAUGCAAGCUGGUGGGUCAGCCACUCUUGGAAAGAUUCAGAAGACCUCCAGCAUCCCCGUCAAGCCAGUCAAUGGCAGGAAAACCAGCUUAGAUGUCUCUAAUGCUGGAGAGCCUGGCUUCAUGGCCCCUGGGGCCCGCACCAACAUCCAGUACCGGAGCCUGCCACGCCCAGCCAAAUCUAGCUCCAUGAGUGUGACUGGGGGGCGCAAUGGGCCGCGGCCUGUCAGCAGCAGCAUUGACCCCAGCCUCCUCAGCACAAAAGGGGGCAUCUCUGUGUCACGGCUCAAGGAGCCCUCUAAAAUUGGCACGGGGCGGAGCACACCAGUGCCCGUGAAUCAGACAGACAGAGAGAAAGAGAAAGCCAAAGCCAAGGCAGUGGCCCUGGACUCCGACUGCAUCUCCCUCAAGAGCAUUGGCUCCCCUGAAAGCACCCCAAAGGCUCAAGGCAGCCACCAGACCUCUGCCAAAGUGGCUGAGCUGCCGCCAACACCACUCAGGUCAGCUGCCAAAAGCUACGUGAAAGCCCCUUCUUUGGCCAACUUGGACAAGGUGAACUCCAACAGUCUGGACCUCCCUCCCUCCAGUGAGCUCCACCAGAUACAUGGUGGCAAGCUGCAGGAGCCACACUCGGCUGCAGUGGGCUCCCACCUUACGUCGUGCUUCACGCCAAGCCCUGCACCAGUCCUCAACAUUAACUCUGCUAGUUUCUCCCAGGGCCUGGAGCUCAUGGGGGGCUUCAGCAUCCCCAAGGAAACCCGCAUGUAUCCCAAGCUCUCGGGGCUGCACAGGAGCAUGGAAUCCCUGCAGAUGCCAAUGAGCCUGCACAGUGCCUUCUCUGCAGGCAAUACUACUGCUCCCACCACUGCUCCCAUCCCUCCUGUUCCUGCCGAGGAGGAGCCCACUGAGAUGGCCUGGACGGGGAGUCCCAGGAUCUCACACCUGGACAGGUAUCAAAUCCAGUCCCAGGAAGAAGCCAAGGAGAGGCGGCACUCCCACACCACUGGAGGGCUACAGGAAUCAGAUGAUCAGUCCGAGCUGCCUUCUCCUGCUGUCUCCAUGCCGUUGGCUGGAAAGGCUCCACUCACUAAUAUUGUGAGUCCCACGGCAACCAACACCCCGAGGAUCACCCGCUCCAACAGCAUUCCCACUCAUGACUCCACCUUUGAGCUGUACAACGCCUCCCCUAUGGGCAGCACCCUCUCCUUGGCAGACCGGCCCAAGGGCAUGAUCCGCUCGGGCUCCUUCCGCGACCCUGUGGAUGAUGUUCAUGGAUCCGUGCUGUCCCUGGCGUCCAGUGCUUCCUCCACUUACUCCUCCGCUGAGGAGAGGAUGCAGUCUGAGCAAAUCCGCAAACUGCGGCGUGAGUUGGAGUCCUCCCAGGAGAAAGUGGCCACCCUGACAUCCCAGCUCUCAGCCAAUGCUAAUUUAGUAGCUGCCUUUGAACAGAGCCUGGUAAACAUGACAUCCCGUCUCCGACAUCUUGCAGACACUGCAGAAGAGAAGGACACUGAGCUUCUGGAUUUGCGGGAGACAAUUGAUUUUUUGAAGAAGAAGAACUCUGAAGCCCAGGCUGUUAUCCAGGGCGCCCUGAAUGGAACUGACAUCACACCUAAAGAGCUACGAAUCAAGAGGCAAAACUCAUCAGACAGCAUCUCCAGCCUGAACAGCAUCACCAGCCAUUCGAGCAUUGGCAGUGGCAAGGAUGCAGAUGCCAAGAAGAAGAAGAAGAAAAGCUGGUUGAGGAGCUCCUUCAACAAGGCCUUCAGCAUCAAGAAGGGCCCCAAAUCUGCUUCCUCCUACUCUGACAUAGAAGAGAUUGCCACCCCUGACUCCUCAGCACCAUCCUCCCCCAAGCUGCAACAUGGCUCCACUGAGACAGCCUCGCCCUCCAUCAAAUCCUCCAACUCCUCUUCAGUGGGCAUUGAUACCACCGAGCUCUUCCAGACCAAUGAAGAGGAGGAGCCUGAGAAGAAGGAAGUCUCAGAGCUGCGCUCAGAGCUUUGGGAGAAAGAAAUGAAACUGACUGACAUUCGACUGGAAGCUCUGAACUCUGCCCACCAGCUGGACCAGCUGCGUGAAACUAUGCACAAUAUGCAGCUGGAGGUGGAUCUACUGAAAGCUGAGAAUGACCGGUUGAAGGUGGCUCCUGGACCCUCCUCUGUGCCAAGCUCCAUCCCGAGCCAUGUCUUGAGCUCAUCUGCUGCCUCCUCCCCAAGACGCUCUCUAGGACUCCAACUUGCUCACCCUUUCAGCCCCAGUCUGGCUGAUACAGAGCUGUCACCAAUGGAUGGCAUCAGUGCUGGCACCCAGAAGGAUGAGGUGACCCUACGCAUUGUCGUGCGCAUGCCACCGCAGCACAUCAUCAAAGGGGACCUGAAGCAGCAAGAGUUCUAUCUGGGCAGUAGUAAAGUGAGUGGUAAACUGGAUUGGAAAAUGCUGGAUGAAGCUGUUUGUCAGGUCUUCAAGGAGUACAUCACCAAAAUGGAUCCUGCUGCCACCCUGGGGCUCAGCAUUGAGUCUGUCUAUGGCUACAGCAUCAGCCACAUUAAGCGAGUCUUGGACACAGAGCCACCAGAGCUGCCACCUUGCCGGCGGGGAGUGACCAGCAUUGCUGUGACGUUGAAAGGCUUGAAAGAGAAGUGUGUGGACAGCUUGGUGUUUGAGACCCUUAUCCCCAAGCCUAUGAUGCAGCACUACAUCAGCCUUCUCCUCAAGCACCGGCGCCUCAUCCUCUCUGGGCCAAGUGGAACUGGCAAGACCUAUCUAACGAAUCGUUUGGCUGAGUAUUUGGUGGAGCGUUCAGGCCGUGAGGUCACUGAAGGCAUUGUCAACACUUUCAACAUGCACCAGCAAUCAUGCAAGGAUCUACAGCUUUACCUCUCCAAUCUGGCCAAUCAAAUUGAUCGGGAAACAGGGAUAGAUGUGCCAUUGGUUAUCCUCCUUGAUGACCUCAGUGAACCUGGUUCAAUCAGUGAGCUUGUCAAUGGGGCACUCACCUGCAAGUACCACAAAUGCCCCUACAUCAUUGGGACAACCAACCAACCUGUGAAGAUGACUCCAAACCAUGGUCUCCACCUUAGCUUCAGGAUGCUCACUUUCUCCAAUAACGUGGAGCCAGCCAACGGUUUCCUAGUACGCUACCUACGCCGGAAACUGCUUGAGUCCGACAGUGAUGUCAAUGCUAACCGGGAGGAGCUGCUGCGUGUGUUAGACUGGGUGCCCAAACUCUGGUACCAUCUGCACACCUUUCUGGAGAAGCACAGUACCUCUGACUUCCUCAUUGGCCCGUGUUUCUUCUUGUCGUGCCCCAUUGGUAUAGAGGAUUUUCGGACCUGGUUCAUUGACCUGUGGAACAAUUCCAUCAUCCCCUACCUUCAGGAAGGAGCAAAGGAUGGGAUCAAGGUGCACGGGCAAAAAGCUGCCUGGGAGGACCCUGUGGAGUGGGUGCGAGACACGUUGCCAUGGCCAUCAGCCCAACAAGACCAAUCAAAGCUCUACCACCUUCCCCCACCCAGUGUGGGGCCCCACAGCACUGUCUCACCCCCAGAGGAACGGAGUGGCAAGGAUACUACGCCCAGCUCUCUGGAAUCGGAUCCCUUGAUGGCAAUGUUGCUGAAGCUCCAGGAAGCCGCCAACUACAUUGAGUCUCCUGACCGAGAAACUCUGGACCCCAACAUGCAGUCCACACUCUAAAGGUGACUGGGACAGGAUGGAAUGGAGAUGGGAGUGAGCUGGUCUCGGCUGCCUUCGCUCCUAGUUCUUCUUUGUCAUUUGUAUCUGCACCUGAGCCUGGAACAGAACACCAGAGAGGACAGGGAGGCGACCCAUCACUCGCUUGCUCUGGGAUCUGUGCAGAUGGACAAUGAGUGUGUCAGAUGGUUUGCUCCUCCGCCUGCAAGGCCACCGUUGUGACCAUGGUGGUAGGCGAAUGAUAGUUUUUAUUCUUAGGCUUUCUGCCUCUAUCACAAACUCCUGGGCUUUGUAGUGUGACUGGAGGCGGGGCAUUGAUAAAUCUCUCGGAUCCAGGGUUCCCAGCAUCCAAGUUCCUGUGUGGGACAGAGACUCUUAAGACCUCCUCACAGAACUGGCCACUGCGUUUCUGCAGGGCAGUGCUGGUGGACAGGGCAGCAGCCAAGUUUGUGGUUCCCUAAAAUGAGGACCUUUUUAUAAAGUAAAGUAAAACAAAAACCCAGAACGGAACCUGUAAGCAUCAGAGUGGAAGAGUCACCGCUGCAGCAAACCAACUGCUAGCACAGCUGCUCCCCUCUGGAUGCUUCCCCUCACGCUUCCCUCUCAACACAAACAUAGGCAAAGGCCUAGGACUGUUAAUUCUGUCUUUGUACCCUCCUUAUUUAAUCUGCAUGAUGGUCCUUUUACAUUCAGACUCCCAAUAAACUCUGAUUUCCCCCUUCUCUUUA